CACUUGCCAUCGGCAUUGCCAUUUUCCUAAUUUUGAUAGUGGUAAAGGAUAAUUCGUUAAUCCCAAGUGUCUCUCCCCGUUCGGUUCAUAUGCAGAAGAAGUAAAUCGCAGGACAGGCAAGUGGUCGGGAUUUGAUCCCAAAACUCAACCCCCACCAUGCAGUUGGGGACUUGUCUGUAUCUUCAGUCAAUAGGGAAGGUAGUAGUAACCCCUUGCUAUCGUCAUUGCCAUUGGAUGUAUCUUCAAUCAACAGGGAAGGUUGUAAUAACCUCUUGCUAUCGCCAUUGCCAUUGUUUGUAUCUUCCCUCUCUCGAUCUCAAAUCUCAAGAAGUAGCCAGCCCCCCUCGAGUGCCCAUCUCUUUGGAUCUGUAUUCUUUUACUUUUCUAGAUCUUGUCACAUUCUUGUUCAGGCGCUGAGCCAUGAGGAUCGAGGGUAGUGGUAGCAGACUCUCACCGUCCCGGGAAUACCUCGUUUUUGCUUAUUACGUGACCGGCCAUGGCUUCGGACACGCCACUCGUGUUGUCGAGGUUGUGCAGCACCUUGUUGCCGCUGGACAUGAUGUUCAUGUUGUAACUGGUGCUCCUGAUUUUGUGUUUACGAGCAAUAUACAAUCUCCAAAGCUUCACAUUCGCAAGGUUUUAUUAGAUUGCGGUGCUGUUCAAGUUGAUGCUUUAACAGUGGACCGGCUUGCAUCUUUGGAGAUGUAUCAUCAGACAGUUGUGGUUCCUCGGGAUUCUAUAUUGACAACAGAAGUCGAAUGGCUGAAGUCCAUCAAUGCUGAUUUAGUGCUAUCACCAGAACAAAUAUAUUUCUUACAAUUGAGCCCCCCAAAAGUAACAAGUAGAGUGUUGCCAACUGUUUGGGAUUGA